AUGCCUCACAACGUACAAGACUCAGCGAUGAUGGUAUGCUAUCGGGAAUGUUUAUCGAAUUUAGGAAAAUUCAAUGGUGGUGAAGAUCAAAAAGUUUUACAAUUUAUUAAUAAUAUCGAAAGAAUUGGAAGAAUAAUCGAUGCAAAUGAUGAUAUUCUACUUUGUAUGUGCACAGCAAAAGUAGAUGGUGAAGCGAAACGCUGGUAUGAAGACAACAUGACAUUAGUCCAGUGGGAAAAUCUAAAACCAGCAUUAUUAGAAAGAUUUACAACAUCGGAUUCAUCAUCAAAAAUAUUUGAACAACUAAAAGAACGGAAACAAAAACCAGAUGAAAUAAUUACAUCGUAUUAUGACGCCGUUGUUAAAUUAUGUCGAGAAUAUGAUUCAUCCAUGUCACAAAAAAUGAUGAUAUCAUGGUUACAAAAUGGAAUUAAGGAUUCAUUGAAGACUCAAAUUAAACGGCAAAUGAAACUAAUACCUGAAUUAGCACGAACAACUCAAGCAUUGUUAAAAAUUGCUAAGGAUGAACAAGAAUUACAAGAAGAAGAUUCAUAUGAACAACAAGCAGCACAAUCUUAUUUACCAUACAUCAUGAAUACCGUAUCAACAACAUUACAAGAAGCACGAAGCAACUCCGAAACAGUACCACUAUCUACUUAUUCGUCACAACGACAUCCAAGAUAUAAACAGAAUACAGAAUAUGCUCCAUCAUCGAAACUUACAGAUUCAUUAAAGUCGAAAUCAAAAAGUCAAUAUUUAACUUCACGAACACCAACUAUUUUACGUCAACAAUAUGAUGCCAGACUUUUACAAUAA